CGGUCACAUGACUGCAGUCACACUUCAGCGCUGGAACACCGCGACAGUCGCCGCUGGACGAGACUCAGGUGACGAACGUUUGCGUCCCUUAUGUCGUGUGGACCGGUGACGUCCGAGGACGCUCGAAGGAACUUGGAAAAACUUGAAACUUCAGACCAAGAUGCCGUCUACAAAAUCCGACUCUCCGAUCACACAGUUCGUCAACUGUAAGAUCCUGCGAGAUCACAAGCUACUGAGGGAGGACUUGUGGGUGCGAGAUGGGAAAAUUCUGGACCCCCAGAAACUCUUCUUUGAUGAGCACGGGUACGCCGACCAGCGGGUGGACUGCAAGAACCAGAUCAUCGCUCCCGGUUUUAUAGACGUCCAGAUUAACGGGGGUUUUGGGUGGGACUUCUCUCAGGCCUCAGGGGACAUCAGAACUGGAGUUUCUGAGGUGUCCAAAAAGAUACUGGAGCACGGAGUCACGUCCUUCUGCCCGACACUGGUCACGUCUGCAGCCGAGGUCUACCAUCAGGUUCUCCCUCAAGUCAAAGUCCGGAACGGAGGCAAGCAUGGAGCUGGAGUUCUGGGACUUCACCUGGAGGGUCCAUUCAUCAACAAGAACAAGAAGGGGGCUCACGUGAAAGAGCACAUCCGAACCUUCCAGUCCAGAGGCCUGGAGGACCUGCUGGAGGUCUACGGCAGCCUGGACAACGUCACCAUGGUGACACUGGCGCCGGAGCUGGACCAUGGGCAGGCGGCAGUGAAGGCACUCAGCCAGAGGGGCGUGACCGUGUCCCUGGGUCACUCAGAGGCCGACUUGGCGCAGGCUGAGGAAGCCGUCCAAGGCGGCGCCUCCUUCAUCACGCACCUCUUCAACGCCAUGUCUCCGUUCCGCCACAGGGACCCGAGCAUUGUGGGUUUGUUGGCGAGCGACCAGGUUCCGAAGGAACGGACAGUCUACUACGGAAUGAUUGCUGACGGGAUUCACACUCACCCAGCUGCACUGAAAAUCGCUCACCGCACUCACCCUGACGGUCUGGUGUUGGUGACCGACGCCAUCGCGGCCAUGGGUCUCUCAGAGGGGCGGCACCGGCUGGGUGAGCAGGACAUAGAGAUCAAGGGACUCCAAGCAUGUGUGGCUGGAGAAGACACUCUGUGCGGGAGCAUCACCACCAUGGACAUGUGUGUGCGACACUUCCAAAAGGCCACAGGUUGCUCCGAAGAGGUCGCCCUGGAAGCCGCUUCGCUGCACCCAGCCAGGCUCCUCAACCUCGCGAACAAAGGAACUCUGGACUUCGGUGCUGAUGCAGACCUGGUUCUGUUGGAUGAGAAGCUCCACGUGAAAGCCACCUACAUUUCUGGAGAGGAGGUCUGGAAGAAGUGAGGACCAGUGUGUCGCCCCGCCGAUUUACAGGAACCUGUUCCACUUCUGAAUACAAUUCACUCUUGAAUGUUUGAUAUGAAAACAUAUCUGUGUGACUGUAGGGGGCGCCCUGCCCCCAGAUCAAACUUCAAAUCUCGCCUGGGGUUCACUUGGACUGGACCUGAGCAGCUCAGCUCUGAGUCUCUGCUGGACGCCCUCCACUGACCCUAGAUCGUGGGUCGGCGACGAUCAGUACUGACAAGUCACGGCAGGUUGUUGGUUGGAUUCCAGAAGUUCUCAUCUUUGAUUUCAAAUAAAAACUGGGAUUUGUUUCUAACGACUGCUCCAUCAUCCUGUUGUUUAUUCACCAUCAUCACUGGGCUCAGUGACCGGAGUGUCGGGGUCUCAAGGUGCCAGGAGGACCCUCGCUCACCUGUCCUGGUGGGGGGCGGGUCAACAGACGGACGGCCCCCCUGCAGAUGAGUAGGAACCAGUAGAGCUGCAGCGGCCACAGCAGCGCUGCACCCAGGUUGCACUGCCAGGGCGCCAUCGCUGCCACCUGGUGGACGGGGAUCCCGACGAACCUGCACCAAGGUGGCUCCAUCAGAGUGAGGUAUGAUACACGAGGGUCAGACACGGCUCACCUGCUGUAGGCCACGUAGAGAAAAGGGAAGAGCAGGACGCGGCAGAAGAAGAAGGUCAGCAUCAUCAUCACGCCGUUGACCUUGUGCAGGAGCGUGUGCUGUAGCUUGAACUGGAAGCCCACAGUGAUGAGGACACCUGCCAAGCCCCGCCCCCUCCACCACUGCUCACCUGGAUGAGGACUUUGCCCAGACUGACAAACGGCGUGCUGAGCUCGGCCAUAAACAAGAGCCCCUGGAAGUAGUCGCCCUUCCCACCACGCCACACCUGAUGAUGGACGCACACCGCUGGGUCGCAUGACCAAACAACAAGAGCGACAGCCGUGGUUACCAGAGAGACGGGGCAGCAGAAGGCCACCAUGAAGAUGUGGUGCAGAACCAUCAGCGCGUCUCUCCUCAGGAAGCGGGUCACUGGUGCGCGCCAGCUGCCCGGCGGGUGACCUUUGACCUGGUGCUUGUGACAGUCGCACACGAACAUGGCGAAGACAUCGUAGACAAAAUAGGGUGUAGCAAACAGGAUGUAGCUGUCCGUCAGCCAGUGCCUGCGCGAGCAUCAUCGGUCGUCAAACCUGCACCGGCCGCGGCACAUGUCCAUCACCUCACCUGUCGUUGAUGAUGUCAGCGCAGGCUGCGACGAUGAUGCCGCCGAUGCAUGUUGCCAUGACAGCCUGCAGCGACGACACCAAACUGAGGAAACAUAUCAAAAUGUGUGCAUGAGACCAAGGAUGUCACAUGACCUGAGGGAUGCAAAUGCUCAGGUGCGGGUGUGUGCGCUCAGGUCUGCCUGACAAUGUGGGGACACGAUGGCAGUGGUUUGACAUGACAGUUGAGGGGUUUGUGUGUGUGUGUGUGUGUGUUCUCACCGGGUGGACACAGUCGCGGCAUCCCCCUCGCUCCAGCCCCACAGGUGCAUCAGAGCCUGUUUGAACAGCAGGUAGAGUCCCGGGAAGAAGACUGAGCCGGCGAGCAGCAGACACGCCAUUCCUAAGGUGUGUGUGUGUGUGUAUGUGUGUGAGGUGACCAGCUUUGAGAGGAUCAUGUAGGCGGCGCCUCCUGCAGCCACCUGUCGGUGGGGAGUGAAGAGGAUCAUCCUGCUGGACAUCCAGACUCCGAGUCACAGAAAAGGAAGUAGAGCGAGUCAAGAUGUCGUCCAGUGUUUGUUUAUUUACUCGUGGUUCACUACUUUGUCUCUAAACAUGUUUAAGAAAUUCAAGUAUUUUGUGGGAAACAAGUCAAAAUAAAAACAAGAAAAGACUAAAACAAGACGAAAACAUUGUUCCAUAUUUUAAACUCUAAAACGCAGCAGGAUUCCUCGACAGUCACUUUCAAUGCAUUCCUUAAAAACAUCGCAACUUUUUUUGGUCGCAAGUUUGACACCUGAUCAUCUUCAGUUUCAGUCAAGCACAAAGAGUCACACCCAACCAGGCCAGACGGUUCUGGAUUCAAACACAAAAUAAAAGGUCUCUAAAGAAACAAAAGUGGAAACUU